UUGUUUCAGAAGCCGCCAGUCAAACUGGUUCCAGCUCUUUGCAGAGCACAGUGGAUGGGCUGGUAGCAGAUGUUGCAAGUCUUCAAGAAGCUGGUUCAUCGACAACCUCAUCCGUUACCGCUGUUCAGAGCGACAUCAGCAACCAUGCCGCGUCCAUUGGAACCCUACAAUCUAGCGUGACGGGGCUUCAGUCAAGUCUAGAUGCCAUGGUGGCAGAUAUAUCGGCCGUGUCAUCGGAAUCAAGCGCUAUACAAAGCAGUGUGGACUCUCAGGUCCAGAAUCUGCAGACCCAAAUUGAUGACCUCAGUGACACCAUAGAUAGUAUGAUCGAGGACGUAGAUACCAGCUGUGACUACCCAUGGUCAUUUAGGUCCUCCCCUGGCACGUGUAUCUAUACGGCCUAUAAUGUCAGGGCUUACUGGAUUGACGCAAAGGCAUGGUGCGAGACAUUGUGCUCAAGCUGUCGUCUCUACAAGGUUGACACGUAUGCUAAACAAUCUGACUUGGUCAGCUACAUCAACUAUUACAUAUGGGACUUCAGCAAUGACUACUUGGUUGGCUUCUCUUCUUUGUCAAGUCAGCAAUACAGAUGGACAGAUGGUUCCACGACGUUCGAUAGCUGGACUUGGUGCUCAGGGGAACCGAAUAACUGGGGUCACGGUUGCGGCAGUUUGUGGAAUGGAGCUGGCCUCUGUCUGGACGAUGUCAACUGUGACGCGUACAACAAGUUUAUUUGCGAGAAGGUCAUUUCAUAGGUCAUUGCACUGUUUGUGAAAGAGAUA